AUCUUCUGUCCUUCACUUUCGUCGGAUGUGACGGAACCACAAGAUAAUUUGGAAGCUUCUCAGACGAACGAUUCUCAAGGCGUCGCCGAGUCUAAUUCGACCCAGCCUAAGCCAGUGGCCGAGGAUUUCCCGGCUCUUCCAGGCAGUGAUACUAGUUUUUCUAAGCCACCCUUCGAACUGGGAGCUUCCGCAUUAUAUAAGGAUGUUGAGACGAGUCAUCAAAAUAGAAACCAUUGGUUUACGAAACAAUCAAAGGGCCAUGAAUUGGAAAAAAAAGAAAAAAAGAAGCAAGAUACACAGCAAGUUAUCUCGAGAAAACAGCCUCAGACUGCACAACAAAUUCCUCCGCUAGUUAAGCAAGAACAGGACUCGGGGAAUAGUGGCCAGACUGGCAAGCACCAGGAGAAAUCAAAAAUUGAUGCUACUAACGAAGAUAAUGAUGCUAGCUGCCCUAAGGAAACUUAUCUUGGUAUCCCAAUCACCGAAGACACGGAGACUCUUAUCUUUGCCAAGGUAUGUUUUGAAGCAUGA